AUGAGGCUCACAAAGUUUCUUCAAAUUCAAAUAUCGCCCACUCCCAACGGUGGAAUCCACCACUGUCUACAAAACCUCUGCAGCGUCAAUGGACUCGACUAUGGCGCUUUCGGCCGUCUCAUCCAACACUGCAGCGACCACCGCCUCCUGCGUCAGGCCAAGCAGCUUCACGCCCGCAUCGUUCUGUCGUCUCUUACGCCUGACAACUUCCUUGCUUCAAAGCUCAUCACUUUUUACUCGAAGUCCAAUCAUCUUUAUGAAGCGCACAAGGUGUUCGAUAAAAUUCUUGACAAGAACAUCUUUUCUUGGAACGCUAUGCUCAUUGGGUACUCCAUUCAUAACAUGCAUGUGCACACGCUUAAUCUGUUAUCGUCUCUGCUGCCGUCUUAUUCCCUCACUCUGAAACCUGAUAAUUUCACGAUCACUUGUGUUUUAAAGGCGCUAUCGGUUUUAUUUCCUGACUCAAUCUUGGCUAAGGAGGUUCAAUGCUUUGUUUUACGGCAUGGAUUUGAUUCGGAUAUCUUUGUUGUCAAUGCUCUGAUUACCUACUACUCGAGAUGUGAUGAAUAUGGUAUAGCGAGAAUUUUGUUUGAUAGGAUGCAUGACAGAGAUAUUGUAUCAUGGAAUUCGAUGAUUGCGGGCUAUUCACAGGGUGGGUUUUAUGAAGAUUGCAAGGAGUUGUAUAGAAAAAUGCUAGAUUCAACAGGGUUGAGACCAAAUGGCGUAACAGUGGUCAGUGUUUUGCAGGCCUGUGCACAGACAAAUGAUCUCGUUUUUGGGAUGAAAGUUCACCAGUUUAUAAUUGAAAGAAAGGUUGAGAUGGAUGUUUCAGCCCAUAAUUCGCUUAUUGGGUUAUAUGCGAAAUGUGGGAGCUUGGAUUAUGCUCGAGAAUUAUUUAAUGAGAUGAGUAACAAGGAUGAAGUCACUUACGGGUCAAUUGUAUCUGGGUACAUGACUCAUGGGUUUGUUGACAAAGCCAUGGAUCUUUUUCGGGAAAUGAAAAACCCAAGAUUGAGUACAUGGAAUGCUGUGAUUUCAGGACUGGUUCAGAACAACUGCAAUGAGGGCAUUUUGGAAUUAGUUCAAGAGAUGCAGGAAUUUGGGUUUAGGCCAAAUGCUGUGACGCUUUCUAGUAUUCUUCCUACAUUUUCUUGUUUUUCAAAUCUUAAAGGAGGGAAAGCAAUUCAUGCGUAUGCUAUUAGGAAUGGUUAUGCUCAUAAUAUUUAUGUGGCAACUUCCAUUAUUGAUGCUUAUGCAAAAUUAGGAUUUCUUCGUGGGGCACAAUGGGUUUUCGAUCAAUCAAAGGAUAGGAGCUUGAUAGUUUGGACAGCAAUAAUCUCAGCAUAUUCAGCCCAUGGAGAUGCUAAUGCAGCCCUUAGGUUGUUUGGUGAUAUGCUGAGUAAUGGAACUCAGCCUGACCCUGUCACUUUCACUGCAGUGUUAGCAGCUUGUGCCCAUUCUGGGAUGGUCAAUGAAGCUUGGAAGAUAUUUGAUGAGAUGUUUCUAAAAUAUGGCUUUCAGCCCUGUGUUGAACAUUAUGCUUGCAUGGUAGGAGUUCUAAGCCGAGCUGGAAUGCUCUCUGAAGCAGCAGAAUUCAUUUGUAAAAUGCCAAUUGAACCAAAUGCCAAAGUUUGGGGUGCACUGCUCAAUGGGGUUUCAGUUUCUGGUGAUGUUGAACUUGGGAAGUUUGUUUGUGAUCAUUUGUUCAAUAUGGAGCCUGAAAACACAGGUAAUUAUGUCAUUAUGGCAAAUUUAUACUCACAAGCUGGGAGAUGGGAAGAAGCUGAAAAUAUUAGGGAGAAGAUGAAGAAAAUUGGUUUGAAGAAGAUCCCAGGAACAAGUUGGAUUGAAACAAGUGGAGGGUUACGAAGCUUUAUAGCUAGGGAUGUAUCAAGUGAAAGAUCUGAAGAGAUAUAUGGGAUGCUGGAAGGGUUGCUUGGGUUGAUGAGAGAAGAAGGGUACACUUUGCAGGAUGAGCUUGAUGAGGAGUGUGCUUAUAUUUGAGCAUGGAAUCAUCAAAUAUCAAUGGAUUUGUUGCCGAUUCAGAAUAUACAUGAUGUGCAAAGGCCAUCGUGAUUCAUGGUGAAUGUUCCCACCUUCAAGAGAUACCCUUUUGGUUAAAAUUCCUCCCACAUAUUCAGAAUAUCAAAGGGAUGAAGGUCAGAAUUUAUGUGGGAGUUGGAGCUCUGAAAAUGGCCAUUUUUCUGACAGUUGAGCAUAGGCAUCUAGCCUGGGAGCUCAGUAUCAGAAGAUCUAUUUUCUUUUCUCAGGCUAUUGAUGAAAUAGUUAUCCCUAAUUUAAUUGUUGAUUUGAACCUUGAGAAGGUA